AUGAACUGGGGCUCACAGGCAAGCCAUCCGCUACCUCCAGCGACGGUGGUGAGGCUUCUCCGUGUAAACGGAAUCCAAAAGGUGAAACUUUUCGAAGCCGACUCAGAGAUUCUCAGAGCCAUAAGUCGGUCGGGGAUUCAGGUCAUGGUCGGAAUCCCUAACGACUUACUUGCCCCUAUAGCCGGAAGCGUUGCAGUUGCAGAGAGAUGGGUCUCUCAGAAUGUCUCUGCUCAUGUCUCCUCCAGUGGCGUCGAUAUCAGUUUGUGUUUGAACGUGGCAGUUGGUAAUGAGCCUUUCUUAAAGUCAUUCAACGGAACAUUCGAGGGCAUAACUCUGAUUGUGAUCACGCUGAUUGCACCGGUGGGGGAGUUGCAGUUCAUAGUCAAUGAGACUAAUUGGGAGGCAAGAACAGUUAUAGUGCAUAUUAUUGGGAAUGUAAUCUCGAAAAGCUACAAGAUGGUCGAAGCAACACUCACCGCCAUUCCUAGGGGAGACAUGACAUCUAGCGGCGUGGCAUGGACCGUCGUGUUCGAGAAGAUUGGCCUUGACGUCCAAGAUCGAGAGCAGAUCGUAGGCACUCUAGAAAAUCUCAUCGAGAAGAUUGACCGGAACCUUUAUCCAGAGCCGUGCCCACCUUGA